GCGCGGUGCCCCUGGUCACGUGUCGCGCGGCGGCGGCGGCGGCGCCAUGGCGGUGAACUACAGCGCCAAGGAGGAGGCGGACGGGCACCCCUCGGGCGGCGUCGGGGUGCCGGGCGGCGGCGCGGUGGGCGGCAGCGGCGGGGGCGCCGUGAAGACCCGCAAGCCCGACAACACCGCGUUCAAGCAGCAGCGGCUGCCGGCUUGGCAGCCCAUCCUGACGGCGGGCACGGUGCUGCCGGCCUUCUUCAUCAUCGGCCUCAUCUUCAUCCCCAUCGGCAUCGGCAUCUUCGUCACCUCCAACAACAUCCGCGAGUACGAGAUUGACUACACGGGAACAGAACCUUCUAGUCCCUGCAACAAAUGCUUAAAUGUGUCCUGGGACAGCACACCCCCUUGUACAUGCACCAUCAACUUCACACUGGAACAUUCAUUUGAGAGCAAUGUAUUCAUGUAUUACGGACUUUCCAACUUCUAUCAAAACCACCGUCGUUACGUGAAAUCUCGAGAUGACAGCCAGCUAAAUGGAGACAACAGUUCACUACUUAAUCCGAGUAAGGAAUGUGAGCCUUACCGCACAAAUGAGGACAAACCCAUUGCUCCUUGUGGAGCUAUUGCCAACAGUAUGUUUAAUGAUACACUGGAGUUGUACCGCAUUGAUAAUGACACAAGGACUCCGAUUACUUUGAUCAAAAAAGGCAUUGCCUGGUGGACAGAUAAAAAUGUAAAGUUCAGGAAUCCUACAGGAGAUGGAAACAACUUAACUGCGCUUUUCCAAGGCACAACAAAACCUGUGAACUGGCCCAAGCCAGUGUAUAUGCUGGACUCAGAGCCUGACAACAACGGCUUUAUCAAUGAGGACUUCAUAGUGUGGAUGCGCACAGCUGCUCUGCCAACAUUUCGCAAGCUCUAUCGUCUCAUCGAAAGAAAGAAUAACUUUCAGCCUACCUUACAGGCUGGAAAAUACUCUUUGGAUAUUGCAUACAAUUAUCCUGUACACAGUUUUGAUGGACGAAAAAGGAUGAUCCUAAGCACUAUCUCGUGGAUGGGAGGCAAAAAUCCCUUCCUGGGAAUUGCUUACAUCACUGUUGGGUCCAUAUGCUUCUUCUUAGGAGUGGUACUGCUGUUCAUUCAUCACAAAUACGGCAAUCGGAACACUAGUGCAGACAUUCCCAAUUAAUCUUGCAUUCGGAAAAUAAAUGUACUGCAUGUGCAUCAAGGCCAGUCCAGAAUGGACCCAGUUUUUGAAAGACAAACAUCUGCUUCUGUCAUUUCUGAGACUGGGUGCAUAAUUUUUACCUAAAGCUCCCCUUUCUCAUACCGUGGAUAAACUCUUGAAAAUGACGGGUGUACAAUUAGCUCAAUUGAUUGUAUCUCUGCCUAUGUCAGAAACAAUUUUUCUGAUGUUUGCCUCUAACUGGGCAGGCCACAUGAUGCAUAUAGCUCCUGUUCCCUUGAUGCAUCUGCUGCUUGUUCACGUGCUAUGUAAUGUCGGUAUGAUUCAGUACAUUUAGAUUGUGUGGAGAAAGAUGGUUAUAAGAUACUGUAAAUUGUUGACUUUCCAGAAUUCAGGUGUCAGUGCUGUUGGAAGAAGUCAAGUCUUAAAUGUUUUCUUCGAUUUACUGUCUUGUGUGCAUGGGCUCCUACAUUUCUUGCUGAGAUUUUAAUAUAUUUAUACAAGUUGUUAAAUAUUUUUCCUGUGUCCUACCCACCUCUGUUAUAUUAAAUCCUUUAAGUGCUCUGUAAACUUCAGCACUCUGGAUUCUUUGUAUAUUUACAAUAUAUGUGCCUGGCCAGUAAACGAGCAUUCUAUGAAAAUACCAGAAAACCUAUUUGUUAAUUAUCUGCGUGAUGCCCUUUAAAAGAUUGUUCUAAAUCGGGACAUACUUGUUGCAGGUAUAAUAUAUUUCUUACACUCUUUGCUUUAAGUCCUAUCCAAUACUAGUUCAAUUUUUGCUGGUUUUGCUCUUUAUGAGCAGCACCAAGCAUUGAUCAAGAAGAACUUAAAAGAUUUUUUUCCAGUAAUACCUUGGGGUGAAUUCCUUUUACUGGGGUGAAUUCCUUUUACUGGAGGAGUUUCCUAAUUUUUUUAAAGCAUACAUAUUCUGAGCAGGCUUUGUUUUAAGGGAACUGUAUACUUUUUCCUUAUUUGUAGUGAACACCACAUUAAUUUUUUGUGGUGUUAAGGAAGUAAAAGUUCAGAAGUUUAGAUGGCAGUGACAUUUUUCCCUGAAAUGCAGAUUUAGCUUGCUGUGGAACAUAAUUUAAAUAUUGCAGAUAGAUGCAAUGUGCAGGUUAGAGUCUUAAAUUACAGAAGGAUUCACCUUUAGGUUAAUUAAAAGUUAACUGCACCCUAUAAAAUAUUACUUUUUGGUGACUUUUUUUUUUUUAGAUGAUGCACAGAAACUGUAAUGUAUAUGGUGGAGAUCACUUUAUAUGCAACUAGCUUGAUAAAGUAUGGAGUAUAUUAAAAGAGACCUAAUAAAUUCUGCAAACCAUUUA